AUGGCCAACUGCAAGGCAGACGUUCCGUGGUGGGAGAACCAGCUGCACACCGCGAGAACCGACCUUUCCAACCAGAACCAGUUCUCUGCAGUGCAGAACCACUUCUCUGCAGUGGAGCACCAGUUCUCUGCAGUGGAGCACCCGUCAAUGCCACACUUGCCAAAGACACUCGCCACGCUCCUGCACCCACAGGGGGCGAGACCAAAACAUCCCCAUCUGCAGUGCCGUGCAGUGAAGGAGGCGGAUAGGAAUGGAUCCUCUCUUCCUCCUGUCCUACUAGUACAUUUGGAGUACGUGUACUAUUAUUUCUGCAGCUGCAGAGAGAAAACAGAGAGCUUUCGGAGAGCUCCCGAGCGGAGACCGGCAAGCAACCAAGUAGCGUUGCACCUCAGUCCUUCGUCACUGUCCUCCAGGCCGCAGAUCUUUGUGUGGCGAGCAGCCCAGCCGUCUUCCGCGACAGACAACAAGGUGCGUGGGCAGGCCCAGAGAGGAGGAAGGCCGUCGUGGGGAUGGAAGGGCCCUCAUUCCCUCUCUGUGUGUGUCCAGUGCUGCAGGUGGUCAAGAAGUGCUCUGUCGGCCACUUCGCUUUGGUCAGGGAGCUCCUCACGGAUGGCCACGCGUCGAGAAGCAGCACCUGAGGAGCACCAGGAGGGCGGUGCGGGGCCCCUCAAGGACGGCGAGAAAUUGGAACAACAGGACCAGGGCGGCAAUGAGGCUGACGGUCAGCACCGAGCAGACAGCACGAGAGGAACACUCACUCAUUCUGUGUGUCGAUGUGUGUGUGUGUGCAGGUGAGCAGCAGCAUGAGAGGGAGGGCAGUGGGAUGGCCAGCAAGAUUGAGGAGGAGGCGGAGAGUGACGAGGAGGACGACGAGGACGACUCUUGCGGCUGCCAUGGCUGCCACACACACACACAGAUAACACACAAUAGGAGCACAUGACACGGAGGGCAACGGUGGCGGCUCUUUGACUCACUCAGGGUAGAUGGUGCGUGUCUGCCCUCCGUUGUUUGGCCACUGCCUUCGUUCGUUUGUUAACAGACAGCCAAGUAGACCAAUUGAAGAGAGGGGCGUCAGGCAGGCUGAAUAUUAAGUAGCUCAUCGGCGGGCCACCAGGCCAGCCGCCAUCGACUGACUGAUCAGAGAGAUAGGGGCAGGUAGACAGACAGACGGACAGACAGAUGGACGCGUGGAUGAAUGCAAUGCGUGAGCGAAGGGACGGCAGGGAGAUGUACACAUACAUAUGUGGGCCUGGCUAUUGACUGACUAAUCCCUGGGCAGCACACCCUCUCCCUACUGACGUUUUGAUCCGUACCUGCACAAUUAAUGCAUACGUAUGCCUGUAGAAACCGGGGAGAGAUGCGUGCACAUGCACCUUACUAACCGACCAACUGACUGAGUAGACGACAGACUGACUGAGUAGCGAAACGAGCUGACGCACGGCCGCACAACUGUAGGACUCAUGACAGGAGACGACUCGAUGACCUCACGACACCACCACCAUCCCCCCCCC